AUGGCAUUCGAUUCACCAAAUGGGCUACCAGCCGAUCUGGCCCAUGGCGACAACAACCAACCCGCCUUCGAUGCUGACGACAAAUCCUGGCAGACUGCCGGCCGACAGACUCCCGACAGCAACCACAAGCUGAGGCUCACGAAUUCCAAUCCAGGCCCCGCGUCCCUGCCUGGCUCGUUACCCGCUGGCGCCCCCUGGCACGAUGAGCCGCCUCGCAAGAGCAGCGAGAGAAACAGGUCGCGCCAGAGAAGCGGUCGCUCCACCAGCGGCCAGGACUGCGGCGAAAUUGUAGCCUCAAAAUUCUUUCCUGCCGACGACGAGAACGGCGAGGGUCAGUACCCCCUCUGCGAAACCGACUACUUUCGACGGCUCGGCCUGCUUUGUUUUCAGUGCGGCGGCGCCCUUCGCGGUUCAUACAUAACGGCUCUGGACCGCAAAUAUCACGUCGACCACUUCACCUGCUCCAUGUGCGAAACCAUAUUCGGCGCCCAAGACAGCUACUACGAACACGAUGGCAACGUCUAUUGCCACUACCAUUACUCCACAAGAUUUGCUCAACGAUGCAAUGGCUGCCAGACUGCUAUUCUUAAGCAAUUCGUCGAGAUCUUCCGCAAUGGUCAGAAUCAGCACUGGCAUCCCGAAUGCUACAUGAUUCACAAAUUCUGGAACGUUCGCCUCGGCCAGCCUUCAGACGAUCCUCAACCGCCUCUCGACUUGGCCGACCCUGCUGACAGGGAGUUGAUUCGCGUCGACGAGGAGCGCAUGGAAGAUAAAGUGUACCGCAUAUGGAGUGUAUUGUCGACGUUUGAGGAAUCGUCUGCAGCCUGCAUCUCAGAUAUGCUGCUCCAUGUCAGCAACGGAUCCUAUGUCGAUGGUGUACUAGUGGCCCGGCGCUUCAUCUGGCAUGUUGAAAUACUUUUCCGUUCGGCCGACAGGCUGGAUCAUCUCAUUACUCAAAAGUCUGAAAAGGGUGAGGCGUCUUCAGCUCGUUUAGAAGCUCACAUGCUAACGAAAACAGGUAUGUCCUAUGGGCGAGAGGCAAAGCUGCUUUGCAAAAAGAUUGUAUCCUUCUUUUCCCUUUUGUCAAAAACCCAGGACGCCGAUGCGCGUAAACUUGGUGUCACCCAGGAACUUCUCUCACUUGUGACCGGCUUGGCACACUACCUCAAACUUUUGAUCCGCAUAUGUCUGCAAGGUGCCUUGCGAUUUGAACGCGAGACAAAAUAUAGCGACGGUCUUCAUCAAUUUCUUGAUGACUUGAACGACUUCGAGUCCUUCAAGAAUGACGAGUCAGUAAAUAUGAUUGAUGGUCGGCUCGCCGCCAAGGAUUCGGAUCACUGCGGUGUCUGCAGGCGAUCUGUCGAGGACGAAUGCGCGACUAGCAGCGAUUAUAGAUGGCACUUGGCUUGCCUACGAUGCUCAAGAUGCGGCCGUGACCUUGGUCGUGCGCUCGGCGAAGCAACCUUUACCAUCGCCGACCGCAAGAUAUCAUGCACAAACUGCACGCCCCCACAACACCCUGACGCAUCCCUACCACUCGAGCACGUGUCAAAGCUACAGCAAUACGUGUUUCUACUCAAGGUAGCGCUUGCGCGACUGCUGGAUAUUCUCCGAAGUAAUGGCACAAUUCCAUAUGCUCCGGGUGAAAAGUCAGCCAACGGGCUUGGUCCCGAGCGUCCCAGCUACAGCGCAGACAACCGAUCAAAGUCGUAUUCUGCGGCGGGAGAUAAGGAACAUCAUCGGGAGUCGACGUAUGAAAAUACGCUUAACGAGGUUCGGCGGCUUAGGAGCACGCGUCUCGAUCGUCAUCUUUCAUCCAGCGUCAGACAUGCCCGCACAUCAAGAGUCCUGGAUAACGAUGGCCGUGGGCCCCGUGCUGAGUCGCCUGCCCAGAGUGACAACAGGCAUGCGCCCCAAAACUCCACAGAUAUGAUGUUUGGUCAGAAUGAUGCCAUAACUCUCGACGAUAUUCCUCGCAUUGUCGCCGUCGAGCAAUCGAAAGAGCAGCAACAACGAGAAUUAGCACAGGAAUCCCGGCACCCUGCUAUGGCCGAUACUGGCAUCGCCACACGUCAUCAGAGAACCCUGUCCGCCAGCCAGAAUCAGGAUGUGCGUGGUGGUCGUGAUCCAUUCCAGCCUAGGCUAGUCCGUAAAUUCUUCCCAGAGCUCUCUGCCCUCGAAUACUUCAAUGUACGUCAUUUGGCUGUGCUUACGAUGCAGCCGAUGCUCGACUCCGAGUUUAACCUCGACGAGCUGCUCUCCUUUAUCGAAUCAAGGAAACAGCCUACAUUUUGGAAAAACUUGGGCAAGGCUUUCAAGAACGACAAAAGCAAGAACGUGAAAAAGAAGGGUGUCUUUGGAGUACCCCUCGAGGUCAUUAUCGAGCGCGACGGUGCCGAAUCGACGGACGGCGUCGGACCUGGCACCUUGCGCAUUCCUGCCAUUAUCGACGAUAUUAUUUCUUGCAUGCGUCAGAUGGAUCUCUCUGUUGAAGGUGUCUUCCGCAAGAAUGGCAACAUCAAGAAGCAGCAAGAGAUGGUUGAUCGCGUCAACAAUGAAGGCUGCGAUCAAAUCAACUUUGGGGAUCAGCCAGUCAUCCAGCUCGCCGCCAUCUUGAAACGAUAUCUUCGUGAUCUCCCGGACCCGCUGAUGACACACAAACUCUAUCGCCUGUGGACUGGCGCCGCCAAGAUUCCUGAUCUCGCCAAGCGCAAGCGGUGUCUGCACCUGGUGUGCUGCCUUUUACCCAAGAGCCACCGCGACUGUUUGGAAAUUCUCUUUACAUUCCUGAAAUGGGCCGGCACCUUUCACCAGCUGGACGAGGAGCUUGGCUCCAAGAUGGACGUCCGCAACCUUGCCACCGUCAUUGCGCCUAACAUUCUCACCAACGCCGCCAAGGCUCCUGCGCUGGACAGUGAAGCCAUCUAUGUGAUUGACGCGGUCGAGGUCCUCAUUGCCAACAUUGAGGAGAUGUGCCAGGUUCCCGACGAUCUUCUUGCCCUGCUCAAUGACCCGUACCUUUUCAGCAGUAGCACCGAGAUCACAACCAAGGAAAUCCUGAAGCGAUACCAAGACCGCCGUGGACAGAUUCCUGCUUCUGAAUUCACCGAGGUGUUCAACCGCCCAGAUAUCUCCAGCCGCUCUCCGCCCAAGAGGGUAGAGACUGACCCGUCACUCUGGCAAGGCGAGCGUACAGUGCGCCCGGUGCAAGAUGCGCCGCCGCACUAUGCUCAGUCUAAUCAGGGCACGCCGCCGCAAAGAUGGCGCAACCCAGACGAUCCUUCGCCAUACCACAAUACCAACUACAACCGCUCCGAGGGCCACCUAGCACAGACGGAUCACAAUCCGCGCGAGUGGCGCAACUCUGGCUGGCAGAAACAGCAACAGCAGCAUCCCGGCGGGCUUGGCGUCGGAAAUGAUAUCUGA